CGUCGACGUAAUCGAGUUUGCGGUGGUCACCACAUGAUAACCAAGUCUUUGGAGAUUUUGGAUCUCUAUACGUGCUGAGCAGGGACACCUGAAAUCGCUAUCCUCCGAACCAAGCGUAUUUUCACAACAAUAUCCACGCUGGCGAACAUACUCUGGAAGAAAGAGUCGUCAUCCGCGACGACCGGCGCAGUCCCCUCCAACCCCCCGACUGGCGACAUCAUGACCCAACCGCCGGCCCAACCCCAUCUUACACCACAGUUCUGCUUCUCGACAGGAGCUCUGAGGGACUUUCUAAGGCUGUCUCGUGCCACGGUCGACGACUCCAUCACUCAAAACCUCAAUGCGCUCGUAACACCCGCGCGAGCCGGCUUCGACCCUACCUCGACCUCACAACGAACACCGCGAUCCUUCCCUCGACAGAUAGACUCGCAAGCAUGUCAGAACUUCAAGGACCAGGUGCUCUUCCCGACAUGGCAUGCGCGAGCUGAAGUCCUGCACUAUUGCGGAGUGGUGGCGACAAGCCCAGACCCAGACGAUCCGGAGGCUCUGUUACGGCAGAUUGAGGCUGCAAAGGACAAGGAACGAGUUGUCAACGAACGCUUGGAUCCAUACUCUGGACGGUUCUUCCCUCGUGAGCCCCGGACGGAGCAACUCGCGAUGCUUAUUCGGCAGGAGAAGGGCGUGGAGAACAUUGUGCGGACAAGAACGUGGGAUAUGGUCAAGCAGCGAUGCGGGGAGUCGGCAAAUACGUGGGAGGAGGCUCUCGCGGGUUGGCGCUCAAGAGCUGCUGGGAAAGUCGAUGGCCAGUAGGCCCUAGACUGCAUCCUUCUCAGCGGCUGUACCACUAUUGUAUAAAUGUACACCACAUAUUGUACCAACCUUGUAACAUAACGCCAUAUGAAUAACGAUAGAUAUAUACAAAAUAAACACCAAAGUAAUAUCAAGCCAUUUGAAGUUCGGCCGAGAGAGGAAAUAGGGCAGAGGAGCAAAGACCGCAGAGAACGAGAACUCUUGCGCUUUGGGACCCUAAAGAUGAUACGAAAUUAGGGUGCUUCAAGGUAUCUCACCAUGUCACGA